AAAUAGAAGACUACCUGAUCACGAGAAACAAUUAUCUCCAACACCAAACCCCCCCCCUCCAGAUCAUAGAAGGACCAAUUUAGAGUCCAAUAGAGCACUUAUUUCCAACACCAACACUGUGAAUGAUUGUUUAGACAAACGGGGGAGGAUUCCCCCCAAAAGAUUCUCGGCGGAAGACUUCAGAUCCCCAGAUGUGAGAAGAAAAAGAACAAUAAGAGACCUAGAAGAAGGCACAGAACAAUACGAAGAACAGACACAACUGAAAAGGAAGAA